AAUAGCGUCGUUGUAGUGCUUGAUAAUGGACGCAAUUGAGGAGGAAGAUUUUCACACGGACGGCAAGCUUAGUUCUGCUAGAUUACGACGGUCGUUUCCUCGGGAAAAAUCACAGCACGAAGAUAUGUUUGAAAUCAAACAAAAUGUGACAAGAACGCUCAAAGAUGCGCGAAGAAAAUUGAACGAUUUACGCAGCGAAGUCGACAGAAAGGAUGACAUGAUUCGGCAAGCUAGAUUCGAAGGCACUGAUCGGAGUAUGAAGAAGGAUGAGUCAACAAGAUACAGUCCCGGUCGGUCCAAUUAUACAUUUCAAGAUCACAAUAACAAUGGCAGAGACAGUGAAGAAUUACUGCAUGAUGAGGUCAAAGUUUUAGAUAGUUUGAAUGAUCGUCUCAUGGAGAAACUUGCGAGAACUGAGUCGAAAUUGGAAGAGGCUCGAUUGUACCAAGAUGAAGUCAGUCUCGAGGCUGAGGCAAAGAUUGCUGCAAAAGGCGCAGCUCUUGUGGAUAAAAUCUACAAAGCCCAGAAAGAAAGAGAUGCAGCUGUGCUGUCCAGAUUGAGACUUGCAAAUGAAGAAAGGGAUGAAGUGUUGGCGAGGAUGAAACGGCUUGAACAAGAGCAGCAAGGGUUUGACUCUGGUGUAGAUUCUGUUUAUGAUGAUGAGGACCUUGAUAUGAACAUGAAGCAGCUAUUUAAAAAAUUGGUGGCUUCAGAAACAGGAGCAAGCAUUGACAGACAUGGCGACAUGUUGGUGGCAAAAUACAAGAAACAUGGCAAAGCUAAGCAAAUCAUGGCAGCUGAAGAAAUACAAGCGUUGAUUGAUGAACGUGACGAUGCUCUUCGCAAGGUUGAAACUCUUGAAAAAGAAGUUGAAUCAUUACAAAGGGAAAAAGAGUUAAUGAAACAUCAAUUCAAGUUUGCUGAGAAAACUAGAAUAAAAUCUGGACAAGCACAAUUGAUGGCUGCUCAAAAGGAUAAAGGUGACUCACAGCAGAGAAUAAAAGAACUGGAAGAUGAAAUUCAAAAUUACCGUGUCUAUUAUAGCUUGCAUAGAUCCUUGUCUCAAGAACAGACAUUGAGAGGUCAGUUUAAUGCGACCAUGGACACAUUUGAAUCGAAACUUAAUGAGAGGGAAAACGAACUUGCAAUUUCACAAAACAACACCAAAGAAUUGGUAGCUAGACUUCAAGAUUUGGCCAAAGAGAAGGAAGUGCUUAGUUCGCAACUUGCUGAAGCACUCAGUGCUCAAAGAAAAGAAAAAGAUAAAGCUGACAAGCUUGAAAGACUUGUUUCUGUUCUGCGAAAACGAAUCACCAAUUCAGGAAACCAAACUCUCUAAAUAUAUAACAUGUAGAUAGCUAUUUUAUAUAUAUUUGUAUCAAAUAUUAUAUUUUCCAUAACAAAAGGGUUAGAUUUACAUAGACUCCAAGUCUCCAACAAAAUACAUAAGAUGCAGAAGGCUCUGUGCCGUAAAAUUCUUGGCGUAUCAGGAUGCAACUGAAAUAAUAACAAAUUG